AUGACAGAUCCUCGUUCAUGCGCACUGCUCUCAUCCAUAAGGUACCCCUUUCGUGGGAUGCCGGAUCUUGCUCGUCGGAAUCGGGAUGUCCCGACCCAUUCCCAAGACGAUGUCCCAUCCCCUGGUGCACUGUCGACGAAUAAGCCGCACCUGACCGCUGUGCACUUGCACCAGGCGAUAACUAUAGGAAUCCUCCAUGGGAGGAAGAUAUCUUUGACGGCUCAUUGUGGGAAGGAAACCGCAAGUUUCAUUAUCACCCGGCUCCAUGGUUUGGGUCGGGUUAUUGUUGUUUCAUGCCACGGUGAUAGUCGCGCCAUGUCUCCCGGGGUGCUUUUCAUGGAACGUAUCCCAGGCGAGAACCUCGCAACCAUUCAAGACCCCCAAUCAGUCCCUAUCUCAGCGAACCAGGAGCUCGUAAAGGCUGUGAGCACCCUCGCGUCUUUCGGUAUCAUCCGUGACGAUAUACUCCAGACAACACCCUAA